AUGCACGAAAAAUCCGAUAACAUUAUGAAGAACAUUCCGCUUAGCAAUAGCACGAUUUCUCGACGCAUCGAUGAAAUGGCCAACGAUGUCAAACAUCAGCUCAUUAAUAUUCUCCAGAGUUCUGAAUUUUCUAUACAAGUGGAUAAGUCAACUGCUGUGGACAAUCAAUGUUUGAUGAUGGUAUGUAUUCGAUAUUUCAAUGAAGACCUUCAACCUUGUGAGGAAAUGCUGUUCACAGAGAGAUUGCCAAUUGAUUCAAAAGGUGCAAUUAUUUUUCACACUCUCAAGUCUUUCCUUUUUGGACAUAAUAUCCCACUCAGUAAUAUUCUUGCCUGUGCAUCUGAUGGAGCCCCUUCAAUGAUAGAAAGAUACAAGGGUUUUUCAUCUCUCCCAAAUCGUGAAAUUUCCCACCAGAUACUAACUGUUCAUUGCUUAGCACACCAGCAGCAUUUAGUGGCAAAAAAUAUGAAUAGUAGAUUGAAUGAUCACUACAGUUAG